CACAAAGAGCAGAGAGAGAGAGAGAGAGAGAGAGAGAGAGAGAGACGGUAGAUGAGACAGAAAGAGAGAGACACACGCACCAAAAAAGGGAUUGAGUUUGAGCUGCAAGUUCUGUUGGCAGGAGAAACACACAAACAGAAGAAUAAAGAGAGAGGAAGCGUGUGCUGUUGACGGUUCAGGGUUCGAGGAUACGGAGGUCACACACCGACACAAGUUCCACGGGAGGGUGUGAAGUGAGAUGGAUUAGCGUGUGUUUGGUGUGUAGAGGAGCAGUCGUGUUUCAGGAGUCAUGGAGCGGCAUUAUAGAUGAUUGAGAAGAUCUCUGGAACGCCGUCAUGUCUACGGGCCCCGGGCCCAAACAACCCGCUCGACCCAGAGACACCCUGUCCUGUGAGCCCACCCUGAAGGACUCGCCGGCGGGUCACGUGACGAGUCCGGUCGGCCUGCAGACGCUGCUGGACCUGCUGGUGGGGGUUUACCAGGAGUUUUGCUCGUCCACUCCGAGAGAGAAAUACAUCAGACGUUUCCUUCAGUGGGCUGAGCCUUUGGUGAGACAGGUGAAGAAGACUCGGUUGAGUAGAGAUGAUUUUGAGAUCUUGAAGGUGAUUGGUAGAGGAACGUUCAGUGAGGUGGCUUUGGCUCGCAUGCGCAGCACUCAGCAGGUGUACGCGCUGAAAAUCAUGAACAAGUGGGACAUGCUGAAGCGUGGAGAGACGGCGUGUUAUCAGGAGGAGAGAGAGGUUCUGCUCAGAGGAGAUCGAUGCUGGAUCACACAACUGCAUUACGCCUUUCAGGAUGACAAUUAUCUGUAUCUGGUGAUGGAUUAUUAUGUUGGUGGAGAUCUGCUGACGUUACUCAGUAAGUUUGGAGAUGGUAUCCCAGAAGACAUGGCUCAGUUCUAUUUGGCUGAGAUGGUGACGGCCAUCGACUCCGUCCACAGACUGGGUUAUGUGCACAGAGACGUUAAACCGGAUAACAUCCUGCUGACUGCAGACGGUCACGUGAGGUUGGGUGAUUUUGGCUCGUGUCUUCAUCUGGAUGAUGAUGGGCUGAUUCACUCCUCGCUGGCUGUGGGCACUCCAGAUUAUCUGUCGCCGGAGAUCCUGCGGGCGGUGGAGGGUGGAGGAGGGUACGGUGUGGAGUGUGACUGGUGGGCUCUGGGCGUCUGUGCAUACGAGAUGCUUUUCGGAACGACACCCUUUUACGCUGAGUCCAUUUCUGAGACCUAUGCUAAAAUAAUCCACUACCAGGAUUCUUUUGAAUGUCCCGCAGUGAGUUCAGAGGUCUCGUCUGAUGCGUGCUCGCUCAUCACGGCUCUGAUCUGUGAUCGCACUGAGAGAUUGGGUUCACGAGGAUCUGGAGACUUUCACAAACAUCCCUUCUUCAGCGGUCUGGACUGGACUUCUCUUCAUCUGCUCCCUGCGCCGUAUCAUCCAGACGUCUCCAACGACACAGACACGUCUAACUUUGAUGUUCUGGAUGACUGUCUCAGUGAAACGGAGAGUUUGUGUGAUGUCAUGGACCGCGCGCCUGUCGGGGUUCAUCUGGCGUUUGUGGGUUACUCUUACACAGCCACCAGAGAGACGGGUGCGAUGGACCGCAGCGCUGACAUCAUGAUGGACAUCGACGUUCUGCACCUGCGGGGCAAACGGAAUCAGGCGUGGCAACAGACAGAUGCAGAAUCUGUUCCAGAACCCAAAACAGAGCAGAUGGGCAGCAGGACAGACACUGAAGAUCUGCAGAGGCGGUUACAGGCAGCUGAACAGAGACACAGAGAGGUCGAGCAGCAGAUGAGCAGCUUACGAGAUGAAAUCUACAGACUGACUGCUGACAAGGACAAAGUCACAGAGCUGUGUGUGUGUCGGCCGGUGCGCUCUGUGCCUGUCCUCUGUCCGGACCCCGUGUGGGAUAGCUCAGCGACGCCCCCUGCCUGUCAUUACCCGCUAGUGACACCUCUUCAUCGACACCUGCUGCUCUUCAACCGGGCAAGGAAGCCUCAGGUGAGGAGUGAGUCGUACCUGCUGGUGUGUGCUGAGGGGACAGAAGUGAUGCUGUGGACACGUCACUGUACCACUGAACUCUCCUGAUGCUGCUUCACAUCAACAACACGCACACACACACACACACACACACACACACACACACUGGACAAGAGAAAGACGUUCCUAGCAUCACCCUACACUGAUCUGAUGUGAUGUUCUGAAAUCCUUUCAAUGCAACACAGCACAACUUCAGUUUGACUCUUAAUGUUUGUCAUUCACAGCAGAAGCAGAAAUGUUCAUGAUGUUCUGUGCGCUGACAGACUUCUCUCUGUUCUUCAUAAAGAAGUGUUUUUAUUCUCUAUGAUAAGUGCUGAAGAAGUGCUGGCAGUAGAUUCACAUGCAGCAUUUAACAGAUCGACUCUUUCAUCCCGACACGAGUAACCGCUGAACACAGAGUUCUGCUUCAUUACAGACACGCAACACUGUUUGAGUGCAUGAAACACAUUCACUGAGACAGAACUGCGUACAUCAUGCCAUUAUUUAUCAGAGCUUGUGUUAUAUUUUGUACAAAACAAAAGAAAAUUAAAUUGUAUUGUAUAAUAAAAAUGAUGUAAGUUGAGUGAAGAACUUUAAAAUAAAGUUGAGUUAUUUAUUUCACA